AUGAGCCUGAAACCCGGCCCGGGCUUGGCUAACCCGCCCCCGCCCCCCGGACCCGCCCCGGACCCCAACUCCGACCCCACUCCCCCCCAGAAUGAAGUCAAGAAGAAAGAUUCAUCUAUUGAAAGAGAAGGCUGGUGGAGAAUUUCAUUCAAAGACACCCCUUCGCCUGGCUUCUACCCGAUUCGCGACUUCCUUCAAGAAUCCCUCUUAAACCCGGUGAGGCCGACUUACGGUUUCAAAGGCGAAGGGAGGAAGAGGGUGUCCAUCUUGGAAUGGAAGGACCCAACCCUGCCAGACACACCCAGAUUCAUGCCUCCCGACUUCUUGGAACUGCUAAGCAAGCAGAAGGCAACUUACUCCUUCAAGAACACUCCAAGGAAGAGCUCACAAACACUGACUUACAAGGACAAGGACUUGGACCUCUCACCAGCACAAUACGACCUCUUUCCUUCUCCAGUUCCAACAUACCCGUCUAGGAACUUUAUGUUUCGUUCUGCAGUUCAAAGGUUCCCAACAAUUCACUUCACUCCAAGAGAAGGCCCAGGACCAGGCUACUACAACUUGAAGGUGGAGAAGUGCCAACCCCUGACAUCCUGCUUUCAGUCCAAAGUGCCCAGAUUGCUGCCUAUCUGUUCUAAAACCCCGGGGCCGGGCACCUACUCCCCCACCAGACAAGUGCCCAAGCAGCCCCCGAGCAUCGCCAAGAUGGGGCGGGAGCACAGCCUUUUCUUCAACAACACCUUCGACUUUUAAGCUUGCCAGCCGCCCCGCCCAACCCGGGCUCUUCCGCCAGCCGGAUGUCCUGUGACCUCCCGUGCCCUGCAGGGAGAAGUUGCCCCUUCAAACCAGAUCGACGGAAACGCAGAUGCCAAGGCAGAGGGGCGAGGGCUGGCCUUCCCCUGCCAGGCCAACUCAACUGGGGAGCUUCCCCGGCCCCCCCCCCGAACACCGGACCCCUACUAGCGAUGAUGACGUGGCCUCCUUGUUACCCUCUUUGCCCAUUUUUUGGUCACCCCAACAUAAAGCGAAGUUCC